AUGAAUGAAAAUAAAGAAAUGAUUCAACAUGACUAUUAGAACCAACUCAAAGAUUUCUAUGAGCAAACCCAAGAGAUUGUCAGUUAAAUCCAAUAAGGAAUUCGGAUCAAGAAAGUAAAAGACCUCAUUUAAUACUUCAAGGAUAUACCCAUUCAAAUCAAUAAUUUAAUGAGCCAGCUGAAACCAAUAUUAGAAUCUAUCUCUCAGAACGGCGAAAUUCAAAAAUAUAACUGGCUCUAUUUGAGAUCACUUAUUGUCAUCACAACCAGAGAUAUGUUAUUAAAUAUGCAAAAGCUGUUCCCUUAUGAAAAGACUGCUCAGAAUGAAGGCUUCGAGGAUGAAUUAGAUAUAGUGCUCCAAUUCCUCUGUGUUUUUGAAUAAAAGCCACCUUUUACAUUGCAACGAAUAUGCGAAUUGUUAAUUGAUCCCUAAAAACAUUACAAGUCCUCCAAGAAAAUAUUAUUCGCAAUGGAAAAAUUAGUAAAUGUAAGUACAUGA